UAUGUACCUAGUGCAAAGAAUCGUUGAGCGAGUAGGGAAAAGGCAGCAGGGCAGCAGCCAGAGUAGCAAUAGCCGCAGUAGCAGCAGUGUAUAAAAUUUUCUUCUGCGUUCAUACAAGCCAACCCAAGGCAAAGUAUUUUGUAUUUCAUACUGCGUUACUGCUUCGUUCUAUGUGACUCGAGUCAGCUAACAAACAGGCAAGUAAACCAGCCAUACAGCGCUAUCAAGCGAUAAUAGCGUCGAAGUACGCCAGCCAACCGACAGACCAACCACUGUGGCCAGCAUAUACUCAGCGUGUUCAAGUGUAUUUUAUACUACAAGCACUGCUGUAUUACUGGCGGUGCUGCUGCUUCUUCUUCUACUUCUGCUACUGCUACGAUUUCAUAUCGUCUGUACAAGACGGUGCAAAAGUCUCCUAAGCCACCGUGGGCUCACAGUACAUUUUGUAGUUUUGAUCUCAACGCUAGGCGAAUACACGCAGUGCUUCAAUUGAAAAUUAAAGAACAUUAGCUGAGCUAAAAUAGUUCAUUGGAAGCAUCACUCAUUUGUCAACUUAAUUAAUCUUAAAUCUAACGAAUAUCAAAUAUGGCCGGUGAACGUCCAAAACGCCCUCUCUCAGCCUACAUGCUGUGGCUCAAUGAGACCCGUGAGCAAAUCAAGAAAGACAACCCUGGCAGCAAGGUCACAGACAUCGCUAAGCGUGGUGGCGAAUUAUGGCGUGCAAUGAAAGACAAAUCUGAAUGGGAACAGAAAGCCAUUAAAAUGAAGGAAGAGUACAACAAGGCCGUCAAAGAGUAUGAGGCUAACGGUGGUACAGAUACUGGUGCUGCCAAGAAGCGAAAAGGCAAGCCCGCCGCGAAGCCCAUCAAGAAGACAAAGAAGAAAGAUACAUCCGAUGAGGAAGAAGAGGAGGAGAGUGACUAAGCGCUUGGGCGUGAAAGUGCUUAGCUCGCGCGAUGGGGUGACGAAAACUUAAUCAAUAAGUUUUAAAUAUUUUAUUAAAGUAAUUUUAAGUGGCAUAUAAAAAUGUAUGUAUAUUUAUGGAUCACACUGAUGCGAAACUUUAUAUAUACAUACAUACGUACAACCGUAUGCACUCUACAAAAGAAAAAAAAAAUACAAAAACAUGCAAAAACAAUUAAUACUUAAAAUAGCCGUAAAAAGUAAACAAGUAUAAUAAAAUUUCCAGUUUUUAAAACGUUACAAAUACUACCACAUAAGAGGGAAACAAAUAGCAAAACAAAACAUUUUUCGAAAUGUGUUCCUUUCGACAGAAUUGAUUUUCUUAUGUUUGCUUAUAAAUUUCCUAGUUAUGAUUUUCUAUAUCUAUUCUUAGAACGAUAUUUCUUAUUUUAUAUUGUAAAAAUAUAAAUUAAUUAUGUAUUUUAUAUUCAUGCGAUUUUUCUUGCAUGUGUGUAGUGAAAGUUUUCAUGUUUAUAUUUGAAAAAUAUAAAUUUCCUUCUCUUCUGCUAAGCGUUAAGUUUCCCUUUCUUCAGACUACUUUAAUCUAGUUAUAUUUUUAAAGAAUAUCUUUCCUACUUUCAUUUCCUUCUCACCGCAUUUUACUGUAAGUUCGUUUUUAGUUAUGUUUUGUAGAUUUACUUGAUGUAAAGCGAAACAGACAAAACCAGUAAUAAAAAUAAAAGAUACAAAACUUAAAAAAAUAUAAAAAGUAUAAAAAAUAAAAUUUAAAGUAUUUAAUCCCUUGUGUAUUUACAUAAAAGAAUGGACGAAAAAAAUCAGGCAAACAUACAAAAACGAUUAAAUGUAUUGUAAAUGCUAAUGGAGAAAUGCAGCAAAAAGGAACCACAAAAUAUACAAAUAAAUUACAAGAAAGAGAACAUUUAAAGUGUAGACAAGUUUUUAGAGAUAACAGAAACCUUUUCAUAUUUGUCUUUUUGCUAAUUUUGUUGCAAAUUAUCCAUAUAACAACACCUAUUGCAUUGAAAAUAAAAGUCCCAACAACAAUUUUAAAUAAAAA